GCAAAUAGAACAAAAAUUAAUAAACAAGAUAUGCUUAGGUCAAUCUUGUUUGUUGGGAGGAGGGAGUAAUUUGGGUCCGUAAAGUCUCUGCUGUUUCCCACCGCUCCAUUUGUGACUGAAGAAAGGAGGAGGGGGAGAUGUGGUACCUGUGCGUGUUUUAUCACAGAUUAUUGGACUUCCGAAAACCCGAGGUCGAAUCCUUGGCCGAGCUCUUUGGAGCAUUCAACUCCCAGCCGCGAAACAUUGAGUGGAGACUUCCUGAGCACUACCACCCGGAUUCCCCCUUCCAUUUCGUGUCCCUCCCCUCAGAAGAGAUUGCUCGGAAUGUCGCAAAUCGAAGCAUUCUUGUAAAGGGAAUGUAUGAACUUUGGGGAGAAGGCAGUAACUACGAGGAGUUGGAAGAUGCUAUCAAGAGUUACCCUGAUGAGCGGAAGUUACCUUACCUGACAUGUAAUACCACAUUCAAGAUUUCUGUUGACAGCUUUGGGAAAGCCAUCAGCUUUCAGGAACAAAAUGAUCGUAUUCGAGCACUCUCAUACAUUCCUUUCAAGGGACGGGUAAAUUUGAAAAAUCCUGACCACAAGUUCUGCCUAAUUGAAAAUGAUAACGAUGGGUCUAAUAAUGGACUCCCCCCGACUCUUCAUAGGAGGGUGUUUUUUGGUCGGGAGGUUGGUGCUGCUGAUAGGAAACUCUUGCCCACUUAUCAGUUGAAAAGUCGCAAUUAUCUGGGGCCCACAGCCAUGGAUGCUGAGAUGGCAUUCCUGAUGGCCAACCAAGCCCACGCAGAUCCUGGGAAACUAGUCUAUGAUCCGUUUGUUGGCACAGGAAGCAUUUUAGUUGCUGCUGCUCAUUAUAGGGCAAUGACAAUGGGUGCAGAUAUAGAUAUCCGUGUAGUGCGUGAUGGCCGAGGUCCAGAUUGCAAUGUUUGGAGCAAUUUCAUACAGUAUGGAUUGCAACAGCCCAUUUCUUUAAUAAGGGCAGACAAUGGCCUUCCUCCUUGGCGCCUAGGUUUGCAAGAGAUGUUUGAUGCCAUAAUAUGUGACCCUCCAUACGGAGUUCGGGCAGGGGGGCGUAAAUCGGGUGGAAGGAAGCUUCUUAAAGGAGUAAUUGGGCCAUACACUAUUCCCGAUGAAAAAAGAACAGAUCACAUACCUUCCACUGCCCCUUACAGCUUGGUGGAGUGUGUACACGACCUUCUUGACUUGGCUGCCCGAAUGCUGGUCAUUGGUGGGCGGUUGGUAUACUUUUACCCGUCCUUGAGAGAUGAUCCCUCGUGCAGCCCUAUCUUCCCGGAGCAUCCGUGUUUCAAACUGGUCGCCGUGUCGGAACAGAUACUAAGCUUCAGAUACAGCCGGAUACUACUGACAAUGGUGAAGAUUGGACCGUAUACUGAAGAAGUUGAAUUGACGGCAAGGAUGAAACAUCUGGAGUUCAAAGAGAACCAUGUGAAGUGGCUUGAAGAAGGCAAUCUUCAUUCUGCUGUUUUUUGCCCUGUUCAAGAUCUGCCCAACGGGGUUGGGGACACAAAGCAAAGUAAAGAAUCAAAGCCAAAGUACAGGGGUAAGUAUGUGUAGCUAAGUUAAUCUCCACGUCUGUUUAUGCGCUAGAGGGUAUGGGAGGUGAUGUGUUGCAACUUGCAAGUCGUCACUAGCAAUGUUGCGGCCGAGUAAAAUAGGCAUUCUACUAUUCUAGUCCCAAGAGAAUACUUAAGAGUAGAUCGAGAACCUUGCUGCUUCUUUACUAUGGAAAAAACAUUGUUUGUAAUUGCGCAAUGCAUUGCCUCAGCUAAUUCUUUGACUAUGCCAUAAAAGGCAUUGCAUAUGGCAUUGAGAGUGGCGUAUAAAAUAUUGCAACGAGGCAUACACAAUAUUGUAUAUGUAAUAAGGCAUCAAGAGGGGUACGCAAUAGGAGGUCAGGGUGUAAGGGUCCUUAAUAUAAGGGUAUUAUUUGGGCGCACUCGACCCCAUUCUUAACUAUUAUAAUUAGCAUAAUCUAUGUUUAUCAUCGCUAUCUCAAACUACUAGAUAGCCAUGAUUUGAUUUUCCCUCCAUCAACCUAAUAAACUUAAAAUUUAAUAUGUUAGGAAUUUUCUAAUGAUAACAAUUCAGGAGUGUUUGCUAAAUUGAGG